AUGGAUGCCUUAGUUUCUUAUGAGAAUUCUUCAGAUGAUGACUCGAGUACUCCUCCCGUAAAAGUCCUCACAAGUUCGUCCUUGGUCCCAAAGGUUAAUGCUGUUGCUCCAGCUGAAAGCAGAGUAUGUCGCCUACCGGAAUCUGAUUAAUUUUUUUAGGACGAGGUUCUCUCUCUUAUCCCAGUUGACCCUCAGUCUAAGGAACUAACACAUAACCCUACAUACGAUCAACUGUUUGCCCCGACGGUAAGCCUUCCUUUACGCAUCUAUAGAUAACACAGCUCUGGUCUGCCCAUAACCGUUUUAAGUAUAUUUUUAUAACCAUUCUUUAUUUAAGCUUCUAUUGUGGUAACUCCUGGAAUACGGACAUUUUAGAAAUAACUAUUGAUUUUUGCGAGAGAAAUAUGUACAAACUCUGUUCUCAACUCUCGUACUUAGCGUGAAACGAAGUUUCCCGCGGGCCUUGCCUCUUCAAAACCGCGAUGUAUAUCCUUGAUUUGUAUGGAGGUCUGAAGUUCGACCAUUCUUCCCCUAAGAUGGAGGGUGCUGUUUCUCAUAGAAUCUAGCUUUUUAACUACCUUUUGUCGCGCACGGUCAUUAAAUUGACAUACUUCGUUUGUGUAAGAGAAGACUUAUUCGCCUAUUGCCCCCUUCACUUACGUUCCCCUCUUAUUAGUUACAUACCUGACUAAAAACUUCCGGGUCCGAUUUUUUGAGUCAAACUGUCAUCCCAGUCAGCUGUAUAGCAUAGAUACUGAAGGUCGGUCACGAGAAAAGAAUCAAGGAGGUAGGUGCAAAAUGGGUAAAUUUGCGAAGACUAUUGUCGAGGAGCUGCUAACUGGACUUAGAUGCUAAGUCUGAAGGAAAAGUCGUAGUCCGCACAUGUAUAUGUAUAUAUUCGUUCCGCCUAUAAAACUGGCACUGUCUUUCACAGAAGUGGCUUUACUUCUCCCGAGAGUUUUUAUCGUUCCCUCUGAACCAGUUGUUAGUAACCAUUCGGGGGAUUUGCACAAGCCGUGUCCUUCAAGUCCACUUCAUGUCCUUAACUCGAGGUUUAAAUUCCAUUUACGAGAGACGUUACGCGCAACAGAGUUCCAUGACCAGUUGGACCUUUCUCACUCACGUUUACAGUCUGGCCACUUAGGAAGAACACAUCUAUCUGCCCCGACCUGUUUGAGUAUCAGAAAGUACCUCACAUUAUUUCAUUCUCCGAAGAAUAGCAGGCUGCCGUGAAAAUCUAUUUUGGAGUUUGCCUGACUCUCACAGCAUCCAAGACUCUCACGUGAAUACUUCUGUAGAAGGCUGGCCACCACAAGACCCUAAAAAAACUCUUGAGGGCAGGCCGAUUUCGGUUUUUUAGCAUGCGUUAACCGAUUCCUACUCAAAAGGCCGCGUCCUGGUAUUUUACUAACUUACUGACGAUACUAUCUUCCGUUGUUGACCGUCGUUUUGCGCUCGCAACGUAUGCUUCGGGAGUUCGGGGCCAGUUAAGAACACAAUUUGUCACUUACAAAACUGAUGUGGGACUUUCUAUGAGUGAACGGCGUCUGGCAAGAGCUAUUGGUUUUAUUUUAACUUGACAGUCAACUUAGUAUACCCUCUUAGGUUUUAACGAAACAGCAGCAGGCUGGCCAAUUAAAGUAUGUCGUCACUCACAUAUAUGCCAAGUGGCUUUCUCUUUGUACACAAGCAAUUAUAGCAGUUAGCAAUUAUUGACAACACCUCAUCUCCUGCUAGUGAUGCUUAACUCCCUCGAGGUGCCGACCACCCUUUGUGAGUAGACGGGAUCAGUUCCAAGACUUAGUUGGUGAUUAUAUUUUGAAAGUUGGUUUUUUCGUUGCCUCAGUACUGUCUUGUAUAUGUACUGGUACGACUACUCUUAAACGUGAAGUCCUUUUAAAUUAUGCCUAUCUUUACUAUCCUUGAGCUAAUAGUUUUACAUUGAGGUAUCUGCGUAGAACCCACACAAGCGGUCACAGGGCGACAAGAAGUUAAUAAAUGACAAAGACAGGGGAGACUGGAAUGGUCAUGUCUGACAUAUUUGUCGUUGGCAGCCAGUGCUACUCCAUACCUAGGACUUUACGACCGGAUGUUUAAACGUGGGUAUAGUUGAGUCUUCUUCAUCUUCAGGACUGUCUAGUUGUGUUUAACGUAGCCUACCGCCGACAGUACAUAGGCCAGAGAUACUUAUUUUUACCUCCUUCUCCUCGAUGAUUGUUACUGAUCGAUUUCCGAGUAUUUGUAACAGUUUAGGGUACUGGCCGCCAACCGAAGCCACGUGUAUAUUCUUUCGAGUUUUCUGUUCCUCAACCUCUUCAGUUCAGGCGCUCCCAUUGUGCAAUUCGCUGCUGCAGUGGUUGUUAGUGUGUCUCUUCCCUCGACCUUCACUGUCCCCUUGCUAUCUUGCAGCUCGGCCCCGAAAAUCCCUUUCUCUCGCAACGGCAACGCGCCCCAAAAAACACUCUAACCGGUUAUGUGGAGCCAACAAACAUCAACCAGUUUACAUUCGAGAAUCAACACAGAACCUUCCUCACCUACGGUAGGCGUCAUCACUACUCUUGAUUGUAUCUUUAUCUGGCAGGCUAUUGUGAGGAUCCGUCCGUGGAUGGGGAGCGCAAGUCAAGGCUUGUUGGGUCGCCGGAACGCGCCAAAGAUAAUGAAGGUACUUUUGAAUUGAUCCUAUUCGAUACUUUCUUAGCCUUCUAUGCAAAAAUCCUUCUGCUUUUGAAAAUGCUUGCCUAAAUUUGCAAUUUCAUUUCCGAUCUGACCUUCACCAAACAGCUGGCACGUAAUCUAGGUGACAAAGUGAUAUCUUCCAUUAUGCUGUCUGCUCAUUCCCUGUUGGACUAUUUUUUCGUCAUUGCCAUCUGUCAGGGGUCGUUUAUUGCACACAAGAUUAUUUAUUUGAAUGCAGGCCAGAUUUCAGAAGAGGCAGGAUGACUGGACAACAACUGGGGUCGUCCAUCGCUGAUAAUGCGAUGCUCUACAAUUUUGAUUUCGAAUUUGGGACUGACGACACGUGCACCAUCGAGGCAGACUACUCGAUUAUCCUCAUCGUGCACGGUCAUGCUUAAGGUCUACUACCAGACACCUGUGUUGUAUGUCUGACUACCACAAUUUUCAGUCGUUCUGAUGAGUGUCGUACGCGCAUUGGCUUGUGACCGGUCAACUGGCCUUCAAAAGAUCUGCGCAGCUACCGAUUUAGACCAAAACAGUGGACACAUUGAAUCGCUGUAUGCGUCAAUUGGGCUGUUCAGGGUCUGCCUUGAAUCCUUAACUGCUGUUGUGCAUGCAGAAGCAGCAUCAGCUAUUGUGCCUUAUUUCAUCAAUCUGCCGACAGGCUUGGACUGAUCAAUAGCACAUAAAAUAAGUAAAGAAAAGUCGACAACGUUAUUCAUACCAGGUCAGCACAUUCUUCACUGCGAAAAAAAGACUAUCUUAACAACAAAAAUAACGCGCUGAAAACCGUGGCGCGGAAGACUGUUGACUAAUGAUAUAACCCUGUCCCCUCCUGAAACGAGGUUUAGGCCGUCGUAGCUCUCCAAUAUGGCCUUUUCGGCGCCCUCGUUUACUUGGGAUUCGAGAUUCCUCUCCGUCAUAGGUUUGCGUAGUGUUGGAGACCAAGUCGCAUGUGGUACACGUAGGCCUCUGUGCCCGCCCACAUCGAUCCCCAGUCGUCGUGGCUUUGCUUUGUCACUAGGACUUGGUGGGUGUGGGAAGAACAACUGAAAUAGAAGCUGUAUAAGUCAUCUAUGCGUCUUCGACACAGUGGCGGAGCUUGUGGCGUAGACGGUCAAACUGUUAGUCGUUAAGCAUCGCAUCACCUGCGUCCCCCCCCCACCCCCCAUCUCCCGUCUACGACUCUGUCUUGACAGCGGGUCCAGGUGGGGAAUGGGGAAGAGGGAGUGCGGUAGAUGCUGCGUAGGUCUGCUAUCACCACAAACUAAUUCACACGUAAGUAACCGCGCUACUGCACCUUUCCGUGAAGCACACGGUGGACAUCGUCGGAAUCGACGGUUGAACUGUCAAGUAUCGCAUGGAAUUUCUCCUUUUCCUUUAGUUCUAAUCAGGUUUCAGUGGUGCGCCAUCCAAACAAUCAGCCAUUUAACUCCAGCUACCGUUUACUUCCGUCCAGAGAAGGUCAAACGAAUAGGUACACUGCUGCCUAGUUAGUGCGGGCUUCACAUGUUUCCCGCAAGCCAAUUUUUCUAGUCAGUUAAAGUGUCUCGCUGCAUUAAAGUUAACCGUCUUCUGACGCUUUUUCAGGCAGGACAAUUUUUGAGAAGAAGGUCGGUCCUAAAAAGGCCAAACGUGCCCGUGCCUGCAACUGGGACCCCACGAGCGAGGAAUAUACGGGUCCCUGGGCCAAGUAUAAAGACGAACAAACCAUUUCUGUGCCCUCCGAAGAGGACCGCGUCUACCUUGAAGCAUAUCUGGCCAAAAAGGCUGUUAAGAAGCGUCGCGUGGAAGAGGCCCCGAUCGAGGAGAAGACAACACUACACAUACCCUCUCCGACUGAUUACCAGGUGAGCUCGUACUACUGCUCGUCAUCGCUGCUAAUUUGCAUCCGCCGGCCGACCUCGGUGCGUAUCCCAACUGCAGUACUCAUUAUGUAUAUAAAAGUAGUAAUUACCUUGUGGGUUUGUUUUCCGCAGGGUCGUUCCUUCCUCCAAGCACCCCAUGACAUUCCUGGGGUUAAUCUGCGCUCAGACACACCUCCGGAUCGUUGCUUCCUUCCGAAGAAGAUGAUUCACGAGUGGAGCAACGCGCACGCACGUGGAGUUGCGGCGAUCCGCCUCUUCCCCAAGACAGGUCAUCUCCUGCUCUCCGCCGGCAUGGAUUCGCGAAUCAAGGUAAACACACCCACCUCCUCUUCAUGCAAGCACGACUCUCAUCCGGUCUCACCCAGUUCUGGGGUGUCAUUGAUAGCAGUCCUCAACGGCAGCCAAUUGCAGCGAAAUCAGUCAUGA